AGCACAGGUUGACAACGGCAACCUCACAACAUAAAAAGAAUCAAAUUGAAUGAAAUAUUUCAAAUAAUUUCAGAAGAAUUACAAAAAAUAAAGUACCUGAUUGAGCUGAUACAAUGGAGUCCACGGAAGCUCCCCAACCUGCUGCACCGGUGGCUCUCUUCAAGAAGCGUACCACGAAAGGAAAAUCCAAUUUAAGAAAACGAGCCGCCACUCCUCCACCUGCCUUGGACGGCGACUCAGACUACUCCUCUUCCGAAGAUGAAUCAGGGCGCAAGAUCAAACGAAGGAAGAAGAAUACUGGAGCUGUGACAGCCUCAUCGGCGAACAAUCCUAGCGCUGCUUCUGAGCUCACAUCCACAAAAUACACAGCAGACCGGAGUGCCACAAUCAAGAGCUCGAACGAUGCUACUAAGCAAAGCAAUUGGUAUGAUGAGAAUGCCACCGAUGCUCUAUCCAGCAAGAAUCUACUAGGCAGUACAAGAGCUACUGCUACAACGUCAGAGGCUCCAGACGGUACAUACAAAGGCCUUGCGAACGCCACCUCCUUCAUCCAAAAGAACCCCAAUGCUCCCACGAGAGUCGUCGGUCCUAUAAAAGCGCCUACAAACAUCAGAACCAUUACAGUCACAGAUUUCGCCCCCGAUGUUUGUAAAGAUUACAAACAAACAGGUUUCUGUGGAUUCGGUGACAAUUGCAAGUACCUCCAUGCUAGAGAGAGUUAUAAGGCGGGUUGGCAGUUAGACAAGGAAUGGGAGAACGUCACGAAGGGAAAGAAGAAUAUCGGAGGUACCACGAUAGCAAGUGCGAAUCGAAAUGCCGAGGAGGAGGGGUCAGAUGAUGACGAUGCCGCGUUGGAAGGUAUUCCAUUUGCGUGCAUUAUAUGCAAGGACAGGUACAAGGAACCUAUUGUUACAAAAUGUGGGCACUACUUUUGCGAAAGGUGUGCUUUGCAGAGAUAUAGGAAGGAUCCUAGUUGUCCUGCUUGUGGUGUCGGUACAGGAGGAGUGUUCAAUGUUGCGAAGGGUUUAAAGAAGCUAUUGGACAUGAAAAGAGAGAGGGCCGCGAAGAGAAGACAAAAGGCUAUUGAAGCGGGGGAAGAGGUCAGUGAAGAUGAGGAAGAAGAUGUUGAAUAGGGAUGCAACUAUGAAUACAGAUGCAUGGUCCGAGGAC